AUGGACGGGGAUCAACACAGUUCGACGGCUGCUGCAAAAGGCAUACUGAAAUUGUCAAGCAACAUUCGCAGGAAAAUUUUUMAGUCAGUGCUUGUCAUGCGUCACGAACUUCAUGUUUUUCGAGACCCGGGUGGUCCACCGGAGGUAUUCGCCCCUGAUGCUCCUCGUCACUGGCAUGCACUGCUGCACACCAGUCGCCAGAUCAGUCAGGACGCUGCAACAGUACUUUACGGUCUGAAUACGUUCAAUUUCAUGGAAACGGUGGGCGAGCAAGCCGGACUGUUAGCAGCUUUUCUGCAAUCCAUAGGGUCGCGCAAUGCUGACAUGUUGUCGCAUGUCUCUAUCGGGUUCCCUGUCAUAGUGGAGGGCACGUUCAAGCUCCAAGAGGAUGGCUCGCGAAUUCUACAACUCCUACAACAGUCCUGCUCUGGCCUCGGGACGCUGGAAUUUCAUGUUAACGGGAAAAAUUCCAAUUGCUUGACGAAUCCCGAUGAAACCAACGUGGACGCCGUAAAAAACACCCUCCAGGACUUCAACGCCAGAUUGAGAGCCAUUCGCACUCUAAGCAGGAUCGUUGUACGGUUCUUUGUUGGACGUCCAACUCCUUCGGCAAUGCAUAUCAUGCAAGACCUGGGUUGGACAGUUCUACCAGCGCACAACAACCAGUGGUAG